GAACAAAAGGAAAUCUCAAAGGACAAAUCCUUUAAAGCGCAAAGAAAAGAAACCUAUGGUCUUUUUUGAAAAUAAUAAUGAAAAUGAACAAAAUGAACAAGGAACCAACAUGGAACAGGAAAAACCAAAUGAAAUGUUUACAUUUCCUAAUAAAGAAGAAUUCCAAAUGACUUCAUAUUCAAUUGUAUCUGAUCUUCAAAAUAAACCUGUCAAUAUAAUAUUUGGACAAUUAUUAAAAGAGGUACCUUCUAUGAAACAGGAACUUUUAAAAAGUUUGAUUAAAAAGAAAACAGUGAGGAGAAAAACCAAAAUGAAUGUCAAUAUUGGAACUUCUCAAGAAUCAACAGCUUUAUACUGUACUGCUACAGUUUAUGAACAUAAAAUUCCAUUGAUUAUUGAUAGUGGAUCAUCUGGAAGUGUUGUAACUAUGCAACUGUUGAAAAAAUUGAAAGUAAAACCUGAAAGAUCUUCAAUUAUUAAAAUAAUCAGUGUUCAUGGUGAAAGCAAAAGGGCACUGAGUGAAAUUUCAAACUUCCCUUUCAAUGUAGGAGGGAAUGAAAUUCCUGUGGAUGUAGUUGUAACUGAUGCAAACUCUUACCAAGCUUUGGUAGGAAAUGAUUGGCUUUCAAAAGUCAAUGAUGAGGAACAAUUUAAAUAUACAACUAAUUCUAUGGAGCAUUACAUGUUACUAAAUUCUGAUAAAAAGGAAAACAAUAAGAACAUUGAACUUUAA